CGGGCUCUGGGGCGUUGGACUCUCUCCUCCGGGCUGCAGCCUCAUCACUGAGAGGGCUCGAGCGGCGCGCGCGCGGCGGGCAUUUAAUCCCGCGCUCACAUCCACAUCCGGCGCUUUACGCACGCGGGCGAUACACUCCUGACACCGCGCGUGAGAGAGUGUGUGUGUGUGAAAGAGUGUUUUACUGGAGGACUGAGAGUUUGGAGCGAGACAGAGAGCGCGCGCGGAGUGUCUUUGUGUCUGGGUCCUUUGUUACAGAGAGAGUGAGACAGGCGGAGAGAGUGAGACAGGCGGAGUGAUGGGAGCGCAGACGUCUAAAGCGGAGUCCCCGGGCGAGGCGGCGGCGGCGGCGGCGGUGGUGGUGGAGUCUCCCGCCAAAUCCAACGGACAGGAGAACGGGCACGUGAAGGUGAACGGGGAUGCAGCGGAGGUGAAGGAGGAGGCACAGGCGAACGGCAGCACUGCACCCGAGGGAGAGCAGCAGGAGGAGAAGAAGGAGGAGGGCGGAGACAAGGCUGAGGCUUCACCUGCCGAGAAAGAGGGAGAAGACGGAGAGAAGGAAAAAGAUGGCGCGGAUGAAUCCGCCGCUCCUGCUGAUGACGAGAAGCCGUCCACCAGCGAGGAGACCCCGAAGAAGAAGAAGAAGCGCUUCUCCUUCAAAAAGUCCUUCAAGAUGAGUGGCUUCUCCUUUAAGAAGAGCAAGAAGCAGACGGGAGAGCAGGAGGAACAGAAGAAAGAAGGAGAAGAGGAGGAGAAAAAGCCUGAGGGAGAGCAGGAGGAGAAGAAGAAAGAAGGAGAAGAGGAGGAGAAGAAGGCUGAGGGAGAGGAGGAGGAGAAGAAGGCUAAGGGAGAGGAGGAGGAGAAGCAGCAGGAGGAGGACGGAGGUGCAGCAGCUGCAGAGAAGGAGACCAAAGGGGAGGAGGAGAAGAAGGAAACGGAGGAAGAGGAGAAGACGGAGGAACCAAAGCCAGAGGAGGAGAAGGUGGAGGAACCAAAAGAAGUAGAAGAGGAGAAAAAGACGACGACGGAGGAGGAAGUAAAGAAAGAGGUGGAAGAGGAACCUGCAGCACCUGUCCAGCAGGAGGCGCCGAGCAAAGACGCAGCAGAGGAAGUGGCUCCGGCUGAACAGGAAGCGCCGUCCGCUGAGUCUGCUGCUGGAGCAGAGGAGUAACACACACAUGCGCACGCACACACACACACACACACACACACGGUCAAUGGGCGGGGCUAAAUUAAGCAGUCAGCCAUAAACCUCAUGUCUGAUAAAAAUUUAGCCUAAGCCCCGCCUCUUUUGAUCCAGAUAUUUCACACACACCAGCUGAACGAACGAACACACACACACACACUUCAGGACGCUUCCCUGUUUGUCUUCAAUCACAAUCCUCUCCAUGUGAUCUCAUUCAAAGUGGCCCCUCCCUCUCCCCUGUCUCUAACAGAUGGGCGGGGCUAAACCCAGUUUACACAAUGAGGUAAUAAUCUGCCCUUUUUUAAACUCAGUAUUGACCAUUUUAUUUUUUUAUACAAAAAACAAAACAAAAAACAGAAUCCAAAUGAAAAGUACUGAUCCAUGGGACCUCUGGGUAUGGGGCGGGGCCGAAGUGGGCGGGGCCAACACCAGAGAUAUGUUUUUUAGUCUUCAGAAAAUAAAAGUGACCAAUAAACACUAAAGAAAUUUUAAGAUGAAAUUUUUUGCAUCCCAGCUGGUAUUUUUUUAGCGCGCGCGUGUUUGUGUGUGUGUGUGUGAGCCAGAGCCAGACGCGGGCAGGAAUUAAUGUGUAAUUAUGUACAGGAGGGAGGUUCUAACUGUGAUUAUUGUACAAAUGGUGAGGAGAGUCCAGGCACACACACACAGCUCUGAGGCUUUUGUAAAAUAAAUACAGUUUUAAAUUCGUCUUUAAGGGAUUUUUUUUAAAAAACACCUGACUGAAGCUGUGACACUUUCUACUGUGGUUUAAUCUUUUAUCCGAAUGGUAGCGUUUCCUCUGUCUGCUCUUUUCCACUUUGUAAAUACUGGAGAAGGUUUUCUUUUAAUCAGUUCAAGAUGAAAUGUCAUUUUGGCCUUUUGCUUACGAACGUUUCUGCUCGUGGUGUUUCGGGUUUCUGUGAGCACACUAAAGCUAAAUAAAUGUUGAACUUUCA